AUGGAGAAAGCUGUGAAAUGCUCUGAAUGUAAACCUCUGACCACAGUGAAAGUUCUGGAAAGAACAGAGUCCUGUGUGAAACUGAAUUUGCUACUGGAAGACUUCGGUGUGAUCUACAAGACCUCCAAAACCAUUUUUGCAAGGGAAAGGGGCGGCGCGGCGGGCUGUGCCCCGCCCGGGAAGAACUACAGCGCCCGUCGGCCCCUGCGCGCCGCCACCACCUUUCCCGCCUCUCGCCGUUAUCGCCUGCCUCCUGUCAGUGAGGAGCCGGACCCGGACCCGGCUCGCCUGAGAGGGGCUGCCGCCGCUGGGGACGGGGGGCAGUGGGGUGGAGCGCAGCGGCCUCCUCCUCCUCCCCUUCCCGAUCCCUGUGGGGGAGCGGUGUCCCCGCAGCCUCGCUGCCCCGUCCCGUCCGGUGGCGCGGCACAUGAGGUGAAGAUGGUGAUCCGCGUCUUCGUCGCCUCCUCCUCGGGCUCCGUGGCUAUAAAGAAGAGGCAACAAGAUGUGGUGAGGUUUCUGGAAGCCAACCGCAUAGAGUUUGAAGAAGUGGAUAUCACAAUGUCGGAGGAGAAAAGACAAUGGAUGUAUAAAAAUAUUCCUGAGGAUAGGCAGCCUGCACAAGGCAAUCCACUACCACCACAGAUAUUCAGUGAUGAUCGGUACUGUGGAGAUUAUGAUGGAUUUUUUGAAUCAAAGGAGAGCAACACUGUCUUCUCCUUCCUCAGACUGAAACCUACUUUGGCAUCAAAGGAGUCAGAACCAUAGAAAACUUACCUGAAGUAUGGACAAGCACAUCUCCUGGAUGAAUGACCCUGUUCUUCAGCACACAACAUCUUUCCCAAUGGAUCACUGUGAUAGAGCAAACAUGAUCAUUAGUAGUAGUCUGCUUGCUGUGAGACAGUGCUCUCCAAUAAUGCAGACUUAAUAACACAUAUGAAACGGGAUUAAGGCUGGGCUACUCAUCUUCCUUUUUAAAAAUACUUAUUGUUGAUGUUUCACUUUUGUCUUUGGAUUGCUUUUGCAGCUAGCACUGAUAUUCUAACAGACACCUGUGUUUGAGAAUAAGGAGUGGAAGAGUAGGGCUUCUGUUGUUCAUGGAUAUACUUAUGUAGUCAGAUUUUUCACCUUUUUUAAUUCUUCCAGCUACUGUAGUUGAAGUUAGCUCCUCAUGAUAAUUAAAACGCUGGUGAUUAUUAGAAUGUUUGUGCUGGUUAUGAUCUAGAAGGUAAAAAUUGUCAAUCUUAAGGUCUCCAUGUAAGCCAAUAACUGCUGUGGUUUUGCUCUACAUUUAUUUAUAGUGAUGUUUAUGCUAGAUCAUGUUUAUUGUAAGAGACAUGGGCUGCUAACCAUGUUCAUGAAAACUCCAUUUGUUUAAUGAUGCACAUUGCAACUGACUGUUCAAAAAGUUGUUAUUAUGGAGAAGGUGCCAAAGUGAAAUAUUUUGACAUGGUUCCAAGUGGAGGUGAAAUGUGCAGAAAAACGUUUGAUGGAAAAUACUGAGUAGUUCAGAAGAAGAGAUCUCACAGCUAAUGAUAAUAUUAAGGUAUUGCUUAACUGAGAAAACUUAACAUCCAUAGUUGGAGCUCUAUAGUUAGACAAUCUUAAAAUGAAAUUUUGCCAAAUCCUGGAGUUUACCUUCAAUAACACACAGCUCCACCAUUAGCCACAUGAGAGUCAGGAGAUACUUUCAAAGCCAGGGCUUAGUCCCAUGGAUGGUUAAACUCUUUAUCAUGGAACAAGAGCACACCUAACUCACCUAGCUGUUAUCCUGGUUGUAUCCCCGGGUGUAGAAAUGUGGAGGUGCCUCAAAGACAGUGAGAAAGCUGAGUGUGUGCUCUGCUGGAUGAAGCCACAAUGGUCAGCUUGGUUGAGGAGCAGGAGUCAAGUAAAGGACAUGGAGAUCAUUCCAGUGGGACUGCGUUGAUGCACAUAGGCACAUUUAGGCCUGUGACUUGCCAAUAACCAUUCCAAAAUACAUUAUAGAUGAAAGUCAAACUUCAUUAUGCAUUUUGAAUCAAGUCUGGCUAUGAAAAUAACAGCUAUGCUAUAAUGUAGCUUUUACUGAAGUGAUUUCAUAAUGACAGGGUAGUGUCAUUCCAAUAAAUGUCCUUAUGUCUUUGGGUAAAAAAAGACAACCAUUAUGUGGAAAAGCUUCUUUGCAAUCACAGCAUUACUCAGACUGUGUGGCUUGAAGGAAGCCAGACUCUUAAAAAGUGUCAGAAAGUGACACUGCCUGUGCAACAAAUGUUUAACAUGUUCUGUUAAAAUCAGUCAUCAUGGCAUCUGAGACAUGUUAGUUGGAAGGGACAGCUGGAGGUCAUCUGGCCCAGAACUGUCAAAAUCCAGGCUAACACCACACUAGGUCGAAUCAGAUAUGGGUUUGUCUAGCAGAGUGUUAAAAAUAUCCAACUAUGAAGACCUUGUAACCCCCUAGGUAACCUGUGCCAGUGCUGUAGCACUUUCCUGCUGAAAACUUUCCUUUAAUGUCCAGCUUCAGCUCCAAGGCUGUAAUUUGUGGCUGUUGCCUUUGCUAUGUUUUCUGGCACUCACAGAAAGAGAUUGGCACCAACCUUUUAGUAUCUCAAAUUAGUCAUAAGCUACUAUUAGAUUAUCCAUCAGCCUUCUUCUUAUGAGAGCGAACAAAACCGUCUUCCUCAGCCUCUCCUCACAGGCUGUGUGCUUUAGGUCCCUGGCUGUUGUGCUUUGGUGGAAGGCUAUUCAUUCCAGUUUGUUCACAUCCUUCAUGAACUGGGAGAAGAUCCCAAACCAAUAUUACAGAUGUGGCCAGGGGGAUAACAACUUUCCUCAGCCUGCAGGCCACACUUCUGAAGUAGCGCACUACAUGCUUUCCCCUUUCUGCAGUGAGUACAUUGCUGGCUUAUGAUAAACCUGGCUUUCGUUAAAAUCCCCAGGUCCCUUUAGCAGGAGUAUUAUUCUGUCAGUCACCUCGACCCCAUACUGAUGCUUCGUCACCCCCAGGCAGAAAUUUCUACCUGUCUUUAGCAAACUUCCUGAGGUUUCUGUUAGCCCAGUCCUCAAGGUUAUUGGGAUGCCACUGAGCUGAAGCUCUGCCAGCUCCACCAACCAGGUUCAGGUAUCAUUCACAGCCUUGCUGAGGGUGCCCACUAGGUCAUCAUCCAGGUCCCUGCUGAAGAUGCUGAACAAUAGAACUGUAGCCUCUCAGGUUCUGGACAACAGCUUACAACUACAGUCAUGACAUGAACAAUGUUCAUGACUGCCAGUUGUUACAGUGAAGAACAGGUUACCUUCUUGUUCUUGUUGUCUCAGCUACAAACUGCUUACAGUUGUGUGGCUUUUCACUCUAGUACAAAGGCAAGAAAACUUUGAAAAAGGAGAUGUUAAAGGAGUCCAUCCAUAGAUCAGUUUCACUUUGGAUCCUCUGGUGCCUCCUCUGCUCAGUGAAAGGGUUAGAUGGAGCACACACAUAUUUCGAGUCCAUGGUUGUGUUUACUAGUCAAAAUCUUAGAUGCAGCACCUUCUCUACAGGAAUCCUGAAUGUGAGCUGAUAACAUGCAUAUACAUACAUAUAUAUGUACAUAUGUACAUAUAUGUAUGCAUGUGCAUUUUAAAGAAUUAUGUUAUCUGUUGUAAGUUAUUGUGAUGUUCUUGUCACCAGUCGCACACUUUAAUGAGACUUGAAGCUCGUUAUAGGAAGGGAAUGUGACAUGGGGUGGAGCUGGUUGUUGUUAUCUUCACCAAGUUCAAUGUAACUAUUCCUAAAAACAAACUUAAAAGAAAACAUGUAUAUUUUCAAAUGAAUAUAGAUAUAAUUUUACAUAAUUACACGGUUGAUUACAGAGAAGCCAUCCUGGAUUUAUCAUGUACUUGAUACAUUGUAAACUUUGAGAACUGCCUGAAGUCCCAGUUUCGAAAGAUUAGGUAAGUGUAUAAGUAUAUACACAGGAGUAAUCCUGGGGAAAAUCGCAGGUUUACUGAUGUGAAAGGCAAAACCACACUGAUUUCUCCAGGGAUUAAAUUAGUUUCACAAAACUCCUCUUGAUAAUUGUAGAAUAGAAGCCUCCUGUUCAGUGGAGAGGUAGGUAGGUAAACCUAGCUUAUUUCAGAGCACGCGUGUGGGCAUAAUCGGUUGUACGAAGGACAACAUUAGCUCCAAAGGUAUCCUGCUUGCUUGCAUGGAUUGGCAGUGUAAGUCCCUUAGAGCAUUUGAAUUUUAAGUGGCUAGUUUAGAAGGAAAAAAAAAGUAUAUACAUUGCUUGAAUGUGAAUUUGGUCUGUUGUGCGACAGCCUUAUUUUUGUAAUUAAAGCAAGUAGAGUUCUAGUUUGUUACACAAAAUGAUGUGGGAUUUUUUAAAACCAGUUUUGUAAUAAUGAAAUGUAGCUAUCAGGUAACUGAAAAGGUCUGUGGAAAAUAGAGCCAUUUAUUGAAAGGAAUAACAAAUCCUUUAUUCUGUUUAAAAUACUUGCAUAUGCAUAUGAGAACCAAAUGAUCCCAAUUUUUAGCUAAUACUUGUAACUACCCUGUGUUUUUAAAAGGGAGAGUAGUGUGAAUUAAACUGUAACCCUUUGUACCUAGCUGAAGUUGCUGUGUGGGCUGACAUCCAUGCACACAUUCACUGUAUCAGUGGCUUUGAUAGAGGUGUUUUUGUUUGUGCCACAUGCUACUGGAUAGUGCCUUGUCAGAAAGAGGACUGUUUCUGUAGGGUCUUCUUACAUGUGCUUAAACUUUGAACUAAGAAAGGGGUAGUUUCUAUAUUGCUAUUUUUUUAAUAACACAGUACAUUGUUUUUGAGGCCUGAGUCAAAGGACACAUGCUUUGUAAGACUGAAACAGUUUUUGGUGAGUCUGCUGGACUCUGGAUUUGUCUUAGUGUGGCUUUUUGUAUUUUUCUUUCCUUUUCCUUUUUGUUAACUGUCUUGAACCAAAGGGGAAAUGGACCUGGAGUAAAGUCCCUAAAUCCAUGUUUACACUUUAAAAUAACUAUCUAUCUGAUUUGAGAGUUGAGCAGCCCAAGUGCUAUUGCUGAAAUGAAGUGGAGCUCCUAAGCUUUCAGUGGCUUUCUUGGAUCUCUUCCCUACCCUGUCUCCCCAUCAGGCCAUUUACUUAGGGAGUCCAGUUCAGGGAAUACCAUGAUUCAGAAGUAGGACCAUGAGAUUGUAGGCAGUGCCUUGUGGCAUUUUACAGGAGUGCAAGAGUGGGCAUCACCAGGCAAGUGCUAUAUCCCAUUAGGUAUUUGCACUUGCCUAAUCAGAAUUGUCUACUGAUUUCACUAGAUCCUGGCACAAGCAGUGGGAGGAGUAGGAGGAAGCCCCACCUGUUUCCCCUGCGCAGAGGGCAGGAGUGGAAGACAUGGUGCAGAAUGGCCCACAGCACCCUGAGCAGUGGUUCUCACAGGGGCCCUUGGCUGGCAGUGCAUGUGUGCAGCCACGCAGUUCUCCCCAUGGGACUCCAGCUGCAUCAUGGCCUAGCCACCAUCCUCCUGCUCCCUAAGGAAUUUGGGAGGGGAAAUGGAGAACAGCUUCAUGAUAGCAGUCCUUCAGCCAGGGCAGAUCCAGCUUGCUCUCUUCUUCCUAUUCUUUACCUCUUCCUAAUGUGCUUCACCCUGUCCUGUGCAGACCCACCUGUGUGCAAAGCUCCUGUUCCUGGCCUUUUGUCACACCCCGUGAGGUCACAAAUGCAGAGUCGCUGUUCACCUUCAUGGCAUCAAUGUUUUGUAACUCAUUGGGGGAGGGAGCAUGUUGCAUCCUAGGCCGUGUACACGUUAUAUACUGAAACCAUGUUCGUCUAAUAAAAAUUGUAACUCAAAAGAGA